AUGCUCAAAUCAGGUUCUCUCCCAAAGGGCCAUGUGUUCCACCGGUUGAUGGCAUAUACUGAUGAUGCUGGCAUACUGCGUGUGGGAGGCAGACUCAUGAAUGCCAAGCUCAGACCUGAUGCAAAGCAUCCUGCCCUACUUCCUCGUCAAGCUCAAUUCACCAGAUUGGUUAUCUAUCAGGCUCAUCGGCAAACUCUACACGGAGAAACUCAGCUCACUCUUAGCAAAACUCGUCAAGAGUUUUGGAUAAUCGGUGGAAGGGCCCCCAUCCGAUCCAGAAUCCUCUACUGUGUCAAAUGUGCCAGGUACCAGGCACAAAGAGCACAACAACUCAUGGGACAGUUACCCGAGGCCAGGGUGACUCCCUCCAGACCGUUUGCUCACACAGGUAUCGACUACGCAGGUCCAAUACAUCUCAAAUCUUGGCGCAGCAGAGGGUCGAAGACAUACAAGGGUUAG